CAAUGUUUUCAAGUCUUCAUGCAAAACUCCUAAGCACGCCAUUGUUUGAAACAUUACUGCAAUGCCGUCGAUCUCGUCUAUAGCUGUUGCUGACAGAUUCAUCUAGCAUAUACAAAGAAAUAACACAGUUUUGAGAGCUGUGGAAAAGUAAGAUCCACGAUGGGAAUCAGUGAUCGGAAGUCAGUCAAUUAAUCCAUAUCAAUACUGCGGUGUGAUUUCUUUUAAAUGGAUUUGUUUCCAACUAGUGAACUGUUCAGAAGGUUUAACAAUAACACCGCUUCUACUCAACCGUGACAACCUAUGUCCGAGGUAAGGCAAUAGAGUAAAUAUAAAACCCCGUAUGUGAUUAACAGCCCAAUUGUACGUAACGUAAAAGGUAACUGUUUAUUGUUCAAGACAUCUUAAAAAAGCGUACGCAACAUGGGUACGUCGAUAGGCAUUGAUGAAAUCGACGAUAUUGAGCGCAUGUCCGAGCUAAUGAGGUGUCGAGGUCUAUCGUUAGGAGGACUGCAGACAUUAGACCAGAUGAAACAGAGGGCGAAAAAGGCUCUCAGAAUAUCAGAGAAGGCCUUUUUAGCGUUGACAGAGGCCAGGGAAGAAGUCGAGAGAAGACAAAAGCACUUGCUAGAAUUAUGCGUGAGCACAGAGGCCUGUCUAAAUAUGAUGAGUGACAAGGACUACGCUCUUCUGGAGCUGGGAGUCAAAAAUCUCAAGAACCAAUUGGCCUAUCACAUACAGAGAUUAGAGAGAGUGGAAUACGUCGUGCUUUUGUCAGGUGAAAGAGAUUCGAAAAAGAGCAUGUUGUUGAGUCUGAUUCUUGGGGAGCAACUCCUCCCUGACUCCUUCUUUGGCAUCUCUUCCGUUGUCCGCGAAUUAAGAUAUGGAGAAACCCACAAGCUGGUAGCGCACUAUAAAGACGCAGAUCCUGAAACAGGCCUUCCUUCAAAGACUAUCCAGCCUGGGGAGAUGGCUGUGAACUCUCAACAAAUCUUUCUUCAAAAAAUCUCCUGGUUUUUCCAAAAUGAAGAUCUGCAAGGUUCAGUUUUUGAUAAGAUUGAGAUCUUUUGGCCAAACAACCUGCUUAAGGAAAGAAUCUUUGUGGUUGACAGUCCAGGAUUUGGUAAAUCACCCAUCAUGGACGAGAAAGUGAAAGCGUACCUUUCUGAAGCUUUCGCAGUUAUCUGCGUCAUUGACAGCUCAGCGCAGCAACGAAGGAUGAUGGAACCAAUCAAACAAUUCCGAAAAGUAUGUCUUGACCAUCCAGAAUCCUCGUCAAUUUUUCCUCUUUUCCUAUGUAACAAUUGGGAUCAAGUAUCUCAAGAAGAAGCUGAUUCCAUCAAAAAUCACGUCAAGGGUGAAUUCAGAGAAUUCUGGCCUGAAAUAGACCCAGAUUCUCAAAUCAUUUACAUUUCAUCGCCUUACGCCACAAACGAUGAAACAGUUGUCGCGGAGUUUGCGUCACUGAUGGAUGCUAUUAAAUCCACCGCCUUGCAAAACAGUAAAGCAACGCUGCAAAUGCAGUGGAGGUGGCUUGACCUGGCCAUUUCACGUAUGACCCACCACAUGAAAAUGGUCAUGGAUCUUCUUUGCCCGCUCACCGAUCGUACAGACGUCUCUGAUUUACUUUCUGAACGCCUUCGUUACGUUGAUUUACAUUCUGAACGCCUUCGUUACGUUGAGAAGCGGCUGCGCUCAGUUGAAGACGAGUUGAAUGAGCAUUUCAGAAAACUGGCAGACGAUACCGUUAGGGAACUUUCCAAACACCUCCAGUCUUGUGAAGUUAUGGAAAAAUUUACCUCUUGGACGCUUGAAGAUAUUCCACACGCUGGAGAAAGUUGGGAGGUAACCGAAGAUCAUAUUAAAAAAGCAUUUAGGUCGCGACUUGAGAACACGAUUACCGCGUGGGAAGAAAAAAACCAAAUUUUAUUCAACACUCGCAGCUCUCUGGUCCAAUUGUCCGACCAGCGAUUUGAUGAAUGUAAGAAUCUACUCCCAUACCGAUACCUAGAGAACCUCGUCAUUACGGACGCUGCUGCUGCUAGUGGAUCAAAUACUUGCCAGUCUUCAAAUGACUUCGGGGCGGCCCAAAUAGUUAUGAUGGGGCUGACAAGUCCAAUUUGGGUUCCAUUUGUCCUAGCAGCUUUAGCUAGCAGUGUUCCAGUUGUUGGUGUCAUGACACUUAAAGAGAAAGUAAAAAAUUUGAAACGUUCAAGAAAAUAUGGAAAAGACAAACGUAGAUUCAUCGUGGGAGCCUCCCAUAAAUACCUUUGCAAAGUGGUUCAAGAGCAACAGCUUUCGCUGAUCGUGAAAGAGCAGCUCAAAGAUGUUCAUGUUUACCUUACAAAAGUUUCAUCUCGUUUGCACGAGCUCUUAGCCGCCGACAAAAUACUAUGUCAGCAGCUCAGAGAUGAGACCCGCUCUAGAGAUGAAAUUAAAAAAUGCUAUGGCCGUUUAAGAGAGAUGAGUGUGAGAGAAAAGGAAAAGAUGGCCCUCUUUUUCAUUAAAGAAUUACAGAGCAUGGAAAUAAGUCGUAAUGACUUGGAGUGGGAUCAAGACGAUCCAGCUUCACUUCUUGGAAAUGGAGCAUCCGCUUCAGUUUAUCGAGGAACAUUCAGGUUACCAGGACAGAGCGAACCAACACAGGUGGCUGUGAAAUUGUGGAGUAAAGAACUAAACGAACACAACGCGAUUGACGUCCUUUCUAAGACAGAAACACUGAGGAAGCUUUGCUUUCCCUUUAUUGUCAAGUUCUAUGGAACAGCAUUGCUGAAGGAAGGCGAUCAAUUGCGCGUGAUACAUGUUUUGGAAUUGUGCAAGGAAAACUUGAUGAAUCACAUUUUUCAGAAUCCUGAAAACAUUCCUGAAUCGUCUGGAAAAACCUCCGCCAAGAAUAAUGUGCUGUGCUGGGCAAAGGACGUAGCUGCUGCCCUAAAGUUUAUACACAACCAGGGUAUUGUUCACCGCAACUUCAAGCUGGAGAAAAUCUUGCUUUCACACAGAAAUGUCGUUAAGGUCUCUGGUUUUCGCCUUUCUGAAGAGGCUAAGAUCAUCGCAGACACCAUGACGGGAAGCGAUGCCUACCUUGCCCCGGAAGUGAUUCGUUGCAAAGAAUACGAUAACAAGACUGACAUAUACAGCUUUGGUAUAAUGCUUUGGGAGAUGUGGUACGGUAAGAGAGCCCUCCUUGAAAAAGCAGAACAUGUGUUGGACCAAGAGGCUGAGGGUGUAAGAACUUCAUAUGUACAAGGCGCUAUCAAGCCUCCAACUGGCUGGCAAGAUCUAAUGCAGCGUUGCUGGGAUGGAAAACCCCAAAAUCGACCAGAUGCGGCAGAGUGUCACAAGCUCCUGUCUGCGCUCUCCCAAGACGUUUGCGCGCCAACUCUAUGAACACUAGUUAUUACGUAAUCAUCUUAAACGUAUUUCAUAUUUAAAGAUAGAGUAACUGAGAAACAAUAGCAAUUGCCAGACUGAUUAAAAAAAACUCGUUCUGAUUGCUAUAGCUAGUAGAAAAGAGUGACAAACAAGGAAACAUGUAUUAUGAUAGAAUACAGUACCUGGUAGACUGUUGCCAAACAAGAACUCAUUUGU